AUGGAGACGGGGGUUGCCGUGUCGGCGGCGCCUCAUGUUGCUUCGGCCACGGGAUCGGGGACGGUGGAGGAGCAGGCGGCGGGGGUCGGCAUCUUGCUUCAGAUAUCGAUGCUCGUGCUCUCGUUCGUGCUCGGGCACAUCCUACGCCGCCGAAAGUUCUACUACAUCCCCGAGGCCAGCGGCUCCCUCCUGAUCGGGAUGAUUGUUGGAGGGCUUGCUAACAUGUCAAACACUCAGAAAAACAUCAGGUGUAUAUGCUACAUCUCUUACUCCUUUUGCUACCUUGGUGGGUUACUAUACAUUGUCUACAGGCUCCCACUGGUGGAGUGUAUGAUGUUUGGUGCUCUUGUAUCAGCAACUGAUCCUGUGACAGUUUUGUCUAUAUUUCAGGAGCUUGGCACUGAUACAAAUCUAUAUGCACUGGUUUUUGGGGAAUCAGUUUUAAAUGACGCUGUGGCUAUAUCCUUGUACAGGACUAUGGCAUCUAUGAGGACGCACCAUUCUGGAAAGAACUUUUUCCUUGUAAUUCUGAGGUUUCUUGAAAAUUUUGUUGGAUCAAUGUCAUCAGUCAUGUCUCAACUUUGCCAGUCCUUAAUUCGGUCAAACCUCUUCAAGUAUGCAGCACUGGGCGUUGAGAAGUUUCUGUUAGUUACCAUCAUAUGUACUAGGUACAUGCUAGCAGAAGGCAUUGGUCUAUCUGGCAUUGUUUCUAUUCUCUUCACUGGUAUUGUGAUGAAGAGAUACACAUUCUCUAACUUAUCAGACGAUUCUCAGCGUUUUACAGCUCGCUUUUUUCAUCUUCUUUCUUCACUAGCAGAAGCUUUCGUGUUCAUAUACAUGGGAGUUGAUAUUGCAAUGGAACGUCAAAGCUGGUCACAUAUUGGAUUCAUAUUUUUCUCAAUUAUCUUCAUACUACUUGCAAGGGCUGCAAAUGUCUUCUCUUGUGCAUACAUACUGAAUUUGGCACGACCUCCACAUUGCCAAAUACCUAGGCAAUAUCAGCAGGCUCUUUGGUAUAGUGGGCUUAGAGGAGCUAUGGCUUUUGCCCUCGCUCUUCAGUCUGUUCAUGAUCUUCCGGAUGGACAUGGCGAGACAAUUUUUACUGCUACCACAUCUAUUGUUGUUCUAACUGUACUCCUUAUUGGUGGCUCAACUGGAACAAUGCUUGAGGCUCUACAGGUAGUUGGGGACAGCAACCGUUAUCGCCAACUGUAUGAGGAGAAUUCUAAUGGCAACGACACUGGUUACAUGGGACAAAAUUAUGAUGAAGGAGCAUCCACUUCAAGCAAAUUCAGAUCUAAACUUAGAGAUCUAAGGAGAAGCACCUCGUCUUUCGCUUUACUGGACAAAAAUUACCUUACUCCUAUUUUCACUUUGCGAAAUGGAGACUGCGAUGAUGAUAGUACUACAGAAAGUCCCAAUGAAGAAUUGACUGUAUCCAGAGGGCCUGGGGAUUUGGAGGCCCUAGAAAUCAGAUUCUUACUGGGACUGGGAAAUACGUCCCUCAACGUUCCAACCAAAUGUCCAAUACGCAUUACUUUAGCAAGCAUUGCGAAAGUUAAGAGAGACAAUGCAAUAAUGGAGACCUUCCAUACUUGCCGCCUCCUGCAAGCUUCAGAGCUCAGGAACCAGGGCGCCAUGGCGACGGAGACGGAGACCUUCGCCUUUCAGGCUGAGAUCAACCAGCUGCUCUCCCUCAUCAUCAACACCUUCUACUCCAACAAGGAGAUCUUCCUCCGCGAGCUCAUCUCCAACUCAUCCGAUGCAUUGGACAAGAUCAGGUUCGAGAGCCUCACUGACAAGAGCAAGCUCGAUGCGCAGCCUGAGUUGUUCAUCCACAUUGUGCCAGACAAGGCUUCGAACACGCUCUCCAUCAUCGACAGCGGCAUCGGCAUGACCAAGUCCGACCUCGUCAACAACCUCGGUACCAUCGCCAGGUCCGGGACCAAGGAGUUCAUGGAAGCCCUUGCUGCCGGCGCUGAUGUGUCCAUGAUUGGCCAGUUCGGUGUCGGUUUCUACUCUGCCUACCUCGUCGCCGAGAGAGUUGUCGUGACCACCAAGCAUAACGAUGACGAGCAGUACGUGUGGGAAUCCCAGGCGGGCGGGUCGUUCACUGUGACUCGUGACACGUCCGGGGAGCAGCUUGGCAGGGGAACUAAGAUCACACUGUUCCUCAAGGACGAUCAGUUGGAAUACCUUGAGGAGCGGCGCCUUAAGGAUCUGGUCAAGAAGCACUCUGAGUUCAUCAGCUACCCCAUCUCCCUGUGGACUGAAAAGACAACGGAGAAGGAAAUUUCUGAUGACGAAGAUGAGGAAGAGAAGAAAGAUGCUGAGGAGGGCAAGGUUGAGGAUGUUGACGAGGAGAAGGAAGAGAAAGAAAAAAAGAAAAAGAAAAUCAAGGAGGUUUCUCAUGAGUGGUCAUUGGUCAACAAGCAGAAGCCCAUCUGGAUGAGGAAGCCAGAAGAGAUCACGAAGGAAGAAUAUGCUGCCUUCUACAAGAGCUUGACAAAUGACUGGGAGGAGCAUCUGGCUGUGAAGCACUUCUCUGUGGAGGGUCAGCUGGAGUUCAAGGCUGUUCUCUUUGUUCCUAAGAGGGCCCCCUUUGAUCUCUUUGACACCAAGAAGAAGCAAAACAACAUCAAGCUCUAUGUGCGCCGGGUGUUCAUCAUGGACAACUGUGAGGAGCUGAUCCCUGAGUGGCUGAGCUUUGUUAAGGGUAUUGUUGACUCUGAGGACCUUCCCCUCAACAUCUCUCGUGAGACUCUUCAGCAGAACAAGAUCCUGAAGGUGAUCCGCAAGAACCUCGUGAAGAAGUGUGUUGAGCUCUUCUUUGAGAUUGCUGAGAACAAGGAAGACUACAACAAGUUUUAUGAGGCUUUCUCCAAGAACCUCAAGCUUGGCAUCCAUGAGGACUCGCAGAACAGGAGCAAGAUCGCUGAGCUUCUGAGAUACCACUCCACCAAGAGCGGUGAUGAGCUGACCAGCCUCAAGGACUAUGUGACCAGGAUGAAGGAGGGACAGAACGACAUCUACUAUAUCACUGGUGAGAGCAAGAAGGCAGUGGAGAACUCCCCCUUCCUGGAGAAGCUGAAGAAGGGGGGCUACGAGGUCCUGUACAUGGUUGAUGCCAUUGACGAGUAUGCUGUUGGUCAGCUCAAGGAGUUUGAGGGCAAGAAACUUGUUUCUGCCACCAAGGAGGGUCUGAAGCUUGAUGAGACCGAGGACGAGAAGAAGAGGAAGGAGGAGCUGAAGGAGAAGUUUGAGGGGCUGUGCAAAGUCAUCAAGGAGGUCCUUGGUGACAAGGUUGAGAAGGUGGUGGUGUCUGACCGCGUUGUGGACUCACCGUGCUGUCUUGUCACUGGUGAGUACGGCUGGACGGCCAACAUGGAGCGGAUCAUGAAGGCGCAGGCUCUGAGGGACUCGAGCAUGGCGGGCUACAUGUCGAGCAAAAAGACUAUGGAGAUCAACCCGGAGAACCCAAUCAUGGAUGAGCUCCGCAAGCGUGCCGAGGCUGACAAGAAUGACAAGUCAGUCAAGGAUCUCGUGAUGCUGCUGUUCGAGACCUCUCUUCUGACCUCGGGCUUCAGCCUGGACGACCCCAACACCUUCGGCACCAGAAUCCACCGCAUGCUCAAGCUCGGCCUGAGCAUCGACGAGGAUGAGUCGGCUGAGGCUGAUGCCGAGAUGCCCCCGCUGGAGGACGACGCCGGCGAGAGCAAGAUGGAGGAGGUCGACUAA